GGGCUGGAGCUCAGGCGUGCUGAGCCUUCACUGGACGGAACCAGCGGGCAGCUGGCGUUUGGGUGCGGAGCUGGGCGGGGUGGACUUUGGUGGAAGGUGGACGGGGUGCAGGGUCCUGAUGCCAGGAGUGGCGCCCGCGCCCGCUGGUGAACCACGCCCCGGCUCUCCGCCCCUUGCAUUUCGCUUUCGACCUCUCCCAGUCCUCCGGGACUCAGUCUGGUUUAUACCGGGUCGCGACACGGGCAGCGUGACCGGCCGGGGUGGAGAGAGGGUGCUUAACUCCUUAGGCUCUAAGUUCUCUCUCCUCGCCCUCUACCCCAUUCACCUUGGGGCGUCCAGGACUCCCAGCCCCCAGGCCCGACUCGCCCCUCACUUUCUCCUCCUGUCUCUUAACCCGGACGAGUGAAGUGAAAAGAGAGAAAACUGAGAAAGCAGCAGCCGGAAGGGGCGUCUGUGUGGAUGGGAUGGGGCCGCCGGGGGAGGGGCUGGGGCGCUGCUCCCAUGCCCUGAUCCGGGGUGUCCCCGAGAGCCUGGGAUCCGGGGAGGCUGCGGUGGCCGGCCUUCCGGCUCUGGACCUGGCCAAAGCUCAAAGGGAGCAUGGGGUGCUGGGGGGUAAACUGAGGCAGCGACUGGGACUACAGCUGCUAGAACUGCCUCCCGAAGAAUCACUGCCGCUGGGACCACUGCUCGGUGACACGGCCGUGAUCCAAGGGGACACGGCCCUAAUCACGCGGCCCUGGAGCCCGGCUCGAAGACCUGAGGUUGAAGGAGUCCGAAAAGCCCUCCAGGACUUGGGGCUCCGAAUCGUGGAGAUGGGGGAUGAGAACGCGACGCUGGAUGGCACCGACGUCCUCUUCACGGGCCGGGAGUUUUUCGUAGGCCUCUCCAAGUGGACCAACCACCGCGGAGCUGAGAUCGUGGCGGACACUUUCCGGGACUUCGCAGUCUCCACCGUGCCAGUGUCGGGCCCCUCCCACCUGCGCGGCCUCUGCGGCAUGGGGGGACCCCGCACCGUGGUGGCAGGCAGCAGUGAGGCUGCCCAGAAGGCGGUCCGGGCAAUGGCAGCGCUGACAGAUCACCCUUAUGCCUCCCUAACCCUCCCGGAUGACGCAGCUGCUGACUGUCUCUUUCUGCGUCCUGGGUUGCCUGGUGGACCGUCUUUCCUCCUGCACCGGGGAGGUGGGGACCUGCCCAACAGCCAGGAGGCAUUGCAGAAGCUUUCUGAUGUCACUCUGGUACCUGUGUCCUGCUCUGAACUGGAGAAGGCUGGUGCUGGGCUCAGCUCCCUCUGCCUGGUGCUCAGCACGCGCCCCCACAGCUAAGGACCUGGCCUGGGGUUCUGUUUGCCCAGGGGUAGUGCAGCCUAGGGAGUAGAGAGGGAAGGAGGGUUAGAUGGAGGAUGGUGAGUAGUGGGAAGUAGUGGGGAGAGGUCCCCAAGACAAAGGUAGGGCAUAGUGUGGGAAAAGGGCAGGGGCCACUGGGUGAGUUCUCUCUCUCAGAACCAAUAAAAUAGAAUUGGCCUUUUC